AUGUUACGAGUUUCUGCCCCCUACCCAGUCAUGUCUAGUCCGUUUGGCAUCCCCCCAAAGAAUAUCUCGGCCAAUCUUGAGCCCUUCCAGCUAUGCGUGUCAGAAGACGAGCUGAUCAAGUUCAAAGAGCUCUUGAAGCUUUCUGAGAUUGGACCGGAAACAUGGUGGAACACCCAGCAAGAUCCCCAACUUGGGAUUUCCCGCGACUGGCUGAUUGAUGCAAAAGAAACCUGGUUGCAACGGUUUGACUGGCGGAAACACGAAGACCAAAUCAACAUAUUUCCAAAUUUCAAGACUGUGUUUGAGGACUCUGAAGCUGGGUUGGUUGAUAUCCACUUCACUGCGUUGUUUUCAGCGAGAGAGGAUGCCAUUCCAGUGAUCUUUCUACACGGGUUCCCAUCAUCGUUCAUGGAGUUUCUACCGAUGAUGAAAUUACUGGCAGAAAAACACACCCGAGAGACCCUACCAUAUCACAUCAUCGUGCCCAGUCUGCCAGAUUAUGGACUGUCUGGUAAACGUACACAGAACACGGAAAUGACGGUAGCAACGUCAGCACGAAUCAUGAACCAAUUGAUGGUUGAUCUUGGUUUUGGCAGCGGAUAUGUGGCUCAGGGAGGUGAUCUGGGCAGCAUGAUUGUUCGUGUCAUGUCAGUCAAUCACUCCGAAUGCAAGGCUUUUCAUGUCAAUCUCCUUGUGCUAAAUCCAGGCGAGAACCCCACUUCCUCUGAUCUUAGCCCCGAAGAAUCGAAGAUACUGCAAAGGUCUGAAGCCUGGCAACAGACAGGCCUGGCUUAUGCCCUUGUUCAUGGAACCCGUCCAUCUACAGUUGGACUGGCAAUAUCUUCAAGUCCUCUUGCACUGCUGGCAUGGAUCGGUGAGAAGCUCCUUGAAUGGGUUGAUCAACGAGAGCCGUUACCACUUGAUACUAUACUAGCCAUGGUCAGCUUCUAUUGGUUUACACGUACAUUUCCUCGCAGUCUAUACCACGCAGAGCUUGUCAGGAACCGUUUCAAAGGAAAUGCACAUCCGAUCUCGAAGCAGAAGCCGCUUGGGUAUUCCUUGUUCCCGCAUGAUCUUGCUGUGCUUCCGAAGGCCUGGGCUGAAGAGCUAUACCCAAAUCUCGUAUUUUUCAACGCCCAUUCAGCUGGUGGACAUUUCGCCAGUCUAGAGCGACCAAGGGAGUUUUUGGAGGAUGUCGAGGACUUUUUAGGAUGCUUGGGUGAUUUGUUUGAAAUCUGUGAUUUGUGGACAUCUUUCAUCAUGUCUAGAUCAACCCAGGACGCGCAAGCCAAGCCUCAUCCGAUGGAUGAUCAAGCUUCACUUUUCAACAAAAUCAAUGAGAUGCACUGUACAGGUCUAGGUGCCUUGGUGGACCUGCCGCAACUUCUCACCUGCGGCAACGAAGCCAGCGAUAAGCACGCUACCGUCGAGGCGAUUACCCGCGUAUCACUUCCAGCCAACGAUUCUGCUACUCGAUUUGUGACUGAGAUCAGACUCCGCUGUCAACCUGAACAACUAUUUCGAAUCACCAUACGGCCCAAAGCCUCCAGCAGUCAUGAACACCCACCAACCAAGCCGAUUGUGAUUGCACAUACCGCCAGCGCCGAGGAGUCACCUGCACUGAUUGAAAAGGCUUCGGAACUGAUCAGAGAAAAUUGCAACCAGGAGAUCAGCGAGGAGGUUCUCGAGCUCGACAUCGCCGGCCCUGAUCAACCGAACUUGAUCCUUGUCGAUCUGCCGGGCCUGGAUCACACUGGCGUUGGGGAUAAGGCACAGGAAGGUGGAGAUUGCGCUGUGGAAGUUGCAAGGAAAUACAUGAAAAACCCUCAAAGCAUCAUCCUCGCCAUUCUAUCGGCUGAUUUACCCACCAAGUCCCAAAAGGUCCUGGAUAUCGCCGCGGAAAUCGACCCGAAGCAAGAGCGGACGCUCGGCAUUAUCACCCAUCCUCGUGCAAUUGCAACAAUGAAAAUGCAAGUCUCGGACUCGGUUUUAUCGGAAAUUACCCAGCGCAAACUGCGCCUUGGGUGGCUUCUCUUGCCAGACCAUAUCCUCGGAAAGCAGAAGACGUUGUCCGCCAGGAAUGAGGAAAAUAACCCAGUGACACUCUGGGAGAGAGACUGGGAAGCACUUGGCAAGUGUGCAAACAGUGUCGAGAACCUAACAGACUGGUUGAAUGACACAUUUGCCGAACACAUCAAGAAAGGCGUGCCAGAGCUGGUUCUCGCCAUUGAUGCUGCCGUGUCAAACAAGAAAUCGAUGCUGCCCGAACUGACCCUUCCGAGGGAAACACUCGGACAACAAAGGACCUUCUUAUUCAGCUUGAGUAACACUUUCGAGUGCAUCUUGCGUCAGGCUAUAUCUGGUGCAUACAGUGCCCCCUUUUUCGAUACUCGAGAUCAUGACGUCGUGGCCGAUCUUGCUGAUCCUCGUCGCUUGCGUGCCAUCAUUCGCGCGUUGAGUCAACACUUCGCGAACGCGAUUGAUGUCAUCGGUUGUCGUCGUAAGAUCGUCGAACCAGAUAAAAUUUUGGACUGGCCUCCCAUCUCCGAAAAUCCCUACCCGGGAUUUAGAAGGCCACAGUGUCUGACACGAGCAGAGUUUGAACAUCAAGUCUCUCAACAAAUACAGCGUGAUGGAAUAUCUACAGUUGUGGGAAAUCCUGACGAAUUAUUGGUGGGUGCUUUGUUUCGAGACCAAACGCAGCCAUGGGGAGAAAUAGCCCAUGUGCAUCUGAUCACGGCGUGGAAGUCUGUUAGAGACUGCGUGGUUUCUGUGCUCCAGUAUCUCACAGACCAGCAAACAGCAGACCACAUCAUGCAACUGCUCAUUGACCCAGAGCUUAAAGAGCUGAAAAUCAAUUUGCUGGAGAAACUCGAAGAGUUGACCGCUUACAACAAGCGAGGCCGACUGCUGCCCGUCACUCCAUCUGUUGUCGCCAAUGUCGAGAAAUACAAGAACGACCGCCUACGGGCUCUCCAUGAGAGCGGAGGCCCUGUAUCCCAGGAGCUAGCUAUUUCUGGUGCGCAAUCAGGGAGAGAAACCCGUGUGUUGAGGAAGCCGAGCACGGAUUGCACCACGGCCGCGGCCGUCGAUCUAUUGCAGGCGCAUUAUGAUGCUGCCAUGACGACAUUCAUCGACAACGUUUCCAUACUCGCAGUGGAGAAUUGUCUUCUUGGUCCCCUCCCAUGUCUUUUAACAGCCGAGAAAAUCGGAGACCUGGAUGACGCCUAUGUCCAAGAGCUAGGUAUGGAGCCAAGCUCAGCCGUGAUAAGUCGUGAACGCUUGAAUGCCGAGAUAAACAUGCUUCAGCCAAACUCUCAAGCAUUGAAGGAAUUCAUCGUUCCCGAUCUUCCAUUGCCAGUACCAUCAGUUCCGGGAACCGAUCCAUCGGAAUUAGGAGCAGCACUUAUGGUGUCUCCUGGUGGUCAACCCUUCCUAGUGACCCAAGAGGAAAGUCGCAGGGCUUUACCUGGACACGACGAAAACAAUAGGCCUAACCUCCGAGGGUCGUGGGCAAGUGACUCUGCAUACAGCUCACAGGGCCUAUUCAAAGCUUCGAAGACACCCAAAGCUACUGAACCAGUGGUCAAUAGCUCAUUUGGCACUGUUGCUCCCCAGCAUGUGUCUCCGGCCCCCGGCGUGUCCACUUUGUCACCGGGCCAUCCUCGUCAUCUCGAGACGACACCAACAACACUUGACUUCCCAAGGUACGUAAUAUUUAGGGGAAUGGUAAUGAGUAUUGUACUCAUUAGGGAGCGAUGGGCUGACAUAUCUGAUGGCAUGGCAGUGACUGGUGUUUUCGCGAAAAAGACGGUGUCACUAGUUCGUACAACCAGUACCAAAACCUAG